AAGGUGAACAACGACCCCAGCAAGAUAGUAGCUUUCGGCCGGUCGAUCGGCUCUGGCCCCACGGUCGACCUGGUCUCGCGAAAGCCCGAGAUUGGGGCAAUGGUGCUCCAGAGCCCAAUCGAGAGCGCGAUCCGCACUGUCAUGAGCAAGCGAGCGCAGUGGUUUCUCCAAGGGAUCGACAUCUUCAGAAACUACGACAAGGCUCCGCUGAUCAAGUGCCCGGCGCUCCUCAUGCACGGCACCGCGGACCAGGUCGUGCCGUACCACUGCGGCAAGGCCAUACACGAACUGCUCGUCAACGCAGAGCCCAUUGUGCCCUUCGAACGCAGAGGGCACAAUGACAUGCCCGAGCCGGACACGAUGAGGAAGGUGAAAGUUUUCCUCGACAGCCUUUCUCGACGCUAAGGCUUUGCGAAGGCAGCUUCUUCAUAGCCCAUGAUGCAGCACCGCUUCCCCACGUCAGCUUGCACAUGUGAGACUUGUCAGUCCAUCGGCGGCGACCGUUUAGGUUACCACCUUGCCCUCUCCCCGCCGUGUGACGGACAGAACAGACAACCCACAAUGUGAUAAUGCUUUAUUCGGGCUGCCGUGAGCCGCUCAUGGCGAUGCAGUGUAACAUUUCGAUGUUUUGGGGCGGUGGGGAGUUUGAGAAAAAGCAGUGGCGCCUGCUGUGUCGUUGGGGCUCUUAGGACAGGUUUCUGGAUUGGUCACACGUUGCCUCAGUACGGCUACCCAUCCACGAAUGCUAGCGACUAUAUUGCAGCACGUUGUACAACCAGCAAGGUAUACAGCCUGGCCCGAGUCCACGGGUGAGAGGACGGGCAACGGGCGAUGGCUGUGAGUUCCGCCUUAAUGUCGGCAGAGUAGGCCUUCGGGGCCUCGCCAACGUCGCGUUCCGUCAAUGUGUUUUCGGAUUGCCGCGGUAUUUGGUCCAAGUUGGGAGCAGUGAAGCUGACAU